AUGCGUCGUUUGUCCGUUGUGAGUCUUUUUGUCUUUGCAUUGAUUGAAUUGAGCUAUGGAACAACAACGAAUCGCGAUGCGAUGAUGACAGUAGUCACUGAGAAGUUGGGACUCACAUUCUACACGGCAUCAGAACUGACUGUUAUUGCCAAAUGUUGUGAACCUCAAUUCUACAAAACCCCAAAUAACAACACGGCCGUUUUGAGUACUGCAAAGUCUUGCAUUCUCAAUAACUCUGGAAACAAAGCCGUCCAAGCUCUUUCUCUUUACAGCAAUGCCAAUAACUGUCUCAGUCCUGAUUCCCUUGAUUCAGUAGUCACAGCACUUGUUCCACCAAUUCAAAAUCUGACUGCAACCCUCGUGAAGAAGAUUAAAAAGACUCUCGCGGACUGUAAAUCAACGAAUACACAAGCAGCUGCAGCGAAACAAGAAACAUGUAUUCAGAAGACCUAUGGAAUUGCGAAAGCAGCAAUCACUUUGACUUAUGUGGACGAUACUUGUAAGAAGGUUGUCAACAGGAAUGUGAGCAAAGGCUGGUGGGCAUGCGGACUGAAAUAUAUUCCCAGUGUGCUGACUAUCAGUAAAUAUGCCUGUUCCAAGAUUGUCAAGGCAUAG